AGUUGGAGAAAGGACUUAUAAAUACUGGUCUGGACUCAGGUCUGGUUGAGUCUUGCUCCAGUCCUGCCUGAGUUCUGCUGUGAUGGAGCUGAAGAUGCAGGGUGUGGUUUUGCUGGUGUUGCUCUGUGCUAUGGCCGAGGGAAGAGUCUUUGGCAGAUGUGAAUGGGCACGACUCCUGAAAAACAGUGGGAUGCACAACUACAGAGGAGUGAGCCUGGCAGACUGGGUGUGUCUGACUGAGAACGAGUCUCAUUACAACACCAGAGCCAUAAACAGGAACACGGACGGCUCCACGGACUAUGGCAUUUUUCAGAUCAACAGCAGAUACUGGUGUAAAGAUGGAGGAGUGAGCGCCGCCAACGGCUGUGGAAUCAACUGCUCAGAUCUGCUCAGCGACAACCCAACAGUGGCCAUAAAUUGUGCCAAACGAGUCGUACGGGACCCCAACGGCAUCAGGGCCUGGGUGGCAUGGCGGCGGAACUGUCAGGGCCGAGACCUGAGCAGGUACCUCGCUGGAUGUGGAGUUUGAAAAAGAAAACCACAUGAAUGUCAUUGAAACAGCAUAAUCUUAGGCUUAGCUGCAUUUUAUUUUGAACGAGGCUAUAUGUAAGGUUCUUUUCUCCAUGAAGAUGUUGUUUGAUUAGAUAGUUCCUCAAAAUGGUUUUAAAUUUAAUAAUCUCCAUGGAGACAAGCAAAUUACUCUACAAUAAAAACACCUGUUAUUAAAUACAUACGAGAUAGAUACAGUCAUACCAUACUGUGGAACAUUCAAAACAAAACAAUAACAUUUUCAUGAGACAAGCAGGUGACGGACUCUCCACCACAAAGUUGAAAUAAUGAAUCUUUCACACAGAAUCAGUUACAUUAUUUGUGAUUUCUUGCUGUAAACCUGAGGCAAUAAAGAGUUUGAAGCAUUUUA